ACGGUGCCAGGCUUUUAAGCUCUUUGACAAUAAGUUGUGCUGAAAAAUGAAUGAAACCACAUCACUGCGCAAUUUUAACGCACCGUAAGCACUUGAACUAUAAAAAUGACCAUUUACAGGAUAGUGACCGCAGAACUGGAGCCAUCUGUUUUAAAAAAGGUGAGCUAUGCUGAUGCGUUGAUCACUAAAGCCGAGUCCGAAUUUGGACUGCAACGUGAAAGGGUCACCAAAGCUAAGGGUGACCCUAAUGUGGACGCAAAAGAAUGGACGUGGUCAGUUCAUGGCACAUGGGAUGCAAUUAAAACGCUGCAUGAUUCACUAGAAGAUGCAUACCAGAAAACGGUGAAAACCGAAUGUGUAGAGCUGGAAGAGAUGCACACCAGUGACCCCUUUUCAGAUGGCAAUGAAACAAAUAAUGGUUCAACUGCUAAGGAAGAUGAUAGGCGUUAUAAAUCAGAUCGAGAUGAUGAUGAUGAAGAAGGAGAUCUAAAUGUAGAUGAAGAUACAGACCAUGAGGUUUUGCCUGAUUCCUGUAGUCAGGCAGAUGAAGAGAACAACAAAAGCAGUGAAACAGUGAAUACCUCCUGCUCAGCAGCCCAUGAAUAUACCAGGGAUGAAGAGGGUGCAGAUGCGGAGAAGAUUCCUGAUCCUGAGGUAAAUGAAGCCUUGAGAGAAGAUUCAUCUACCCAACCUGCCUCUGUGAAAAGUGUGCCCAGAUCUGCACAGCACAGAAAAGCAGUGCAUCCACAGAAAUUGCUGCAACGAAGAAAGAGGGGUCGUCCAAGAAAGACGGAGAGAAUAGAAGUGGUAGAGGAGCAUGGAAUGAGAGGAGAUUCUCAUGAGGGAAACGGUGUAACUAUAAAGACUGAAACCUCACCAGAAAGCGACCAAACAGCAAACAACCCACCCCAAAAUGAUGAGUCUCUUGCUCUUGAAAAGACCUUCAAAUGUAACAUAUGUGAGCAUGUAUCUCUAGAACUCCGGCAGUAUGUGGCUCAUUUAAUUGAUGUUCAUGUCACCAAAAAGUGGAAGUGCCCCCUGUGUAGUAAAAAUGCAUUUGAUAAAUUCAUGCUCCAAAAACAUCUUCCAAAGCACUCAGCUGUCCUCUAUCCUUGUAACAAAUGUGGAAAAGCGUAUAAGAGAGAGGAAUACCUGCGUGUUCACAGGUGCAAGCCAGACAGAAAGAAAAGUAAGUUCACCUGCACAGUUUGCUAUAAGAAGUUCAUGACCAGCCAGUCGCUUUCUACCCAUUUUGAGAGGAUACAUGCAGGGGCUGUUAAAAGCGAGGAUGAGGAAGAUGAUGAGGAUGAAAUUAACAUUGAAGAAGAUGACAAGAAAGAUAAAGACUUUAAAGUAAGGAAAAGUGCUUCCUCUGUUAUUUCAAAGAUGGAUCAAAAGAAAAGAAUUGAUGAUGAUGAAUUUAUGAAGUCGCAUUACAUCAUCAAGAAUGGAACUUUUCAAUGCAAAACAUGUAAUUUUAAAACAGACUAUCAGAGAAAUGUGAUCAUUCACGUUAAGAGGAAACACCUCCCUAAAAGCAUCUAUUGCCCCCAUUGCUCUCAAACAUUUGGUGUUGCACAUGAUCUUACAGAGCAUGUCCAGAGAAAACACAGCGGGAAAGUCCAUCUGUGUGAAACUUGCGGAAAGUCAUACGGAUCUGAAAUUGGCUUGAAAAAGCAUAUGGAGAGACACGAUCCUAAUUUUAUACCUGAGAGGUUUCCCUGUGACCAGUGCGACAAAGACUUCUUUUCAAAAACUGCUUUGUCUUUUCACAAGGAUAAAAUCCACCGAAAUCUGAACAUGAAGAGACAUCAGUGUGAAGAGUGUGGGCGUGCGUACCACCAUAAGCAUUCGUUGGAAGAACACAAGCUUACACACAGGGGUGAAAAACGCUUCCACUGUCCCCAGUGCUUCAAGAGUUUCACAUACAAGUCGUCAAAGAAAAAACACAUACAGAUGGUCCACAUGACAACGGAGUUAAAGUUCUCAUGCGAAGUGUGUGGAACUAAGGUGAAAUCUGAGAGUGCGUUACGAAUGCACAUGACUAUUCACUCCACAGUGCGUCCCCAUGCGUGUUCAGAGUGCGGAAAACGUUUCACUCAAAAGCAGGCCAUGUUGCGUCACAAGCGUAUCCACACGGGUGAAAAACCAUACGUUUGCCAUUUUUGUAACAAGCGCUUUAGUGACACCUCAAUAUUACGCAGACACUUGUUUGUUCACAAGAAAGACCCUUAUAUACAGGGCCUUGAAAGCACAGACAGCCCUGAGGUGCAAAGUACUUCAUCUAGUCAUGUUGCCUAUGCAAACAUUUAUUAUGACCAAGUGUGCCCAGUGUCGGAAAACAUUCACAAUAUGCAGAGUAUGACAAAUGAGAACAUGUCCAGUUCUUACACCACCAUUGGUCAAGCCAACUCCAGUGGUCAUCCUCGGACCCCACCCUUGCAGAUGCCUUCAGUUAGUCUUGCCCCCCCUUUGCCAUCACAUCUCAGCUCAGUCCAACAGUUGCAAGCAACUCUGCAGACAGCUGUCAAUCUUGCCCAUCUCCACGCCACAGUGCCUGUCAGUCUGACUGGUAUUGAUGGGGAUGGUCCGCCCAUUACAGAAUCCAGCCCACCUCCCCAAUAUAUCCCUCCCCCUGGGGUCCAUAAUAUCCUAAACACACAGUCUGAGGGGAUGCCCCACCCUCCACAGGAGAUCUGGUCAAACAAUGGUUAUACAUACUGCCUGCCCCCUGGUGGUGAAUCUGGACAUGUUUAGUGGAGCAGAUAGACAACUGAAAUUUUCUAGGUGAAGAUAGUGAAGCCAAAAUUACAUGAUGUUUUUUUUUUAUAUAUAUAAAAAUGGUAUAUGCGAUUUACAUUACACUUUUACAGAAUAUUAGAUUUGAUUAUUCUCAUUGCAUAUUUUAUAUUUUGCUUUAAGAAAUUCUAUUAACACUUGUUUUUAUACAAAAAUUGGUCAAAAUCCAACUUUCUGGUGGACAGUGUCAUAAAUAUUUACAUGGAUCUAGUUUAUCAUGUUCAGUUAUUUGUUUUAUCUUGGGGUAUUUUAAACCAUUGAUGUUAUUUCACAAGAUUUUGAAUCACUUGUAAGUGCAAAUGAGUGUUGCAUUAUUACCAUGAAAUUUUGAUAGUAUGUUGGUGAACACACUCCAUAACAAUAUCCAGUUAACAAAUUUGACUACGUAUCACUCGCACAUUUCAAGCUAAGUCCCUAAUCUCUGUAUUUUGGUUAUCAAAAUGUGUCAGUUUUGGUGACUGAUCAAAGUACUUUCUGUCAUGAACAUUUGCUUCCUGAAACAUCAGAAUAAUAUUUUUCGGGUAUUGGGAACAAAAUAAUAUGUUUUUUCAUUGGUAAAAUUGAUAUGUGCAUGUAUUUGCUUCGAUGUUAUUGCUAAAGAGUAAUUUGAUUUGCAUGUUUAUAUACUCAUUAUAUAUAUAUAUGUAAAGAGAGAGAUUGGGCUAAAACUGUGCUUUACACUUGCCCUGUUUUGCUUGAAUAUGUGUUAUUUAUAAAUAUAGUAGUGGUAUGUAAUGAGCUCAUGGGGGUGAGUUUAUAGCUAGUUAUUCAUUAAUAUUAUAUAUCAAUUGUACAAAGAGAAGUAUUAUAUACUGAUGUAGUGUGUAAUUUUUGAACUGAAUGUAUGAUAAUUAUUCAAUGAUUUUAGAUAUGUCAUUUAUACCAGUAUUUAAUAUUUUCAUAAUUAUUAUUUUGACCAAUUCACUGAGGUUUUUUUUUUUAUGCCAUAACCUCUCCCUCCCCCCACUUAGGCUUUAGAUUUUCAGAUAUAUUUUCAUGAAUAUCAAAAAACACUUUCUUGGAUAUAGCCAUCUAAUAGUUUGAAUUAACUGAGUGAUUACAUUGCAUUUUGAUUGGUAAGGCAAUAAGUUUUGUUUUUGAAAUCUUGGCAACUAGACUUUUUGUAUAUAUCUAGCAGACGUGAGCACAGUCAGGUAAUGUUUAUGUAAAAUGUUGUGCAUAGGCUUUUUUUUCUAAAGUAUUUUUAAACAGAGGUUUAAUUCUUCCUGGUUUUAAUAAGUCUGUUGGUAACUUUGGGAGAUGAAUUUGUUGAAAUUAUUGGUAUGAUGAUUUCAUACACAAUAUAAUACAUAUCACAUGUAUUGUGCAUGCUGACAUUAUCCCCCAGAAAGCAAUAAGAAAACGGUAAAUUUACACUCACAACAUGUCUACGACUUGUUCAAUCUUAAUGAAAGAAGGGGGUAAAGGCCAUACAUGGCUGAUUGUGUCAUGAUGUAAGAAUGGGGUGAAGAUGUUUGAAGGCAUCAUAGAGGUUGAUAUUAUGUUUUAAUGACACCAGGAUGUCAAUAUAUUUAGUUUUAUCACAUGGCAAAUCCCCAAAUAUAACAUAGAAUUCUAUGCCAAUAAUAUAAUAACAAUUUUUAUUGUUUAUUCCCUCUGCAAAAAGAAUUUUUAAGGUGGCAACAUUGCUUUUGUUAGUAGAUUAGUUGUAUUUAACGUAAUUUUCAUGUAGAUUAUGACACUAGUAAAAUGUAUAUGCUUUUCA